UUCACCGUCUAGUUCUCAUUUCCAAUACUUGUUUUUAAGGAUUAAUUUGAUUGUAUAUCAACUUACAUUUCAAGUCUAUAGAUAAAAAAACAAUAAUUUUUGUAGGUAUAAUUUGUGGAGAUAACUAUACUUGUAGCUUCUCGAGCUGAGUCGUAUUAUUAUACCUUUUAAAAAGGAAUGGAUCUAAGACGUUUUUUCCGUGGGUGCUCUGGUAGGGCGUUGUUGACUCACAAAGGACGAAUAAUAAAAUUAUUCUAGUACUCAAGACAGCAAUCAUCUGGCAGUUAAUGAUUGAAAAAAUAAUUACAUAUUGAUAGCUGAAUAAUAAUGAUAGCGUGUAGUUUUCAAGACACUAAUAACAAUACUUACCCUUAUAGAAGAUAACUAGUAGUUUUCGGAAAUAUCUUUUUCUAGAAACUGGUAUUUCUGGAUGAUAUAAUGUCUAUUAUUUGAGUAUAAUUGUCAGGUUGAUUACAGUACUUGCUUAUUUUUCUCUGCAGUCCGGAAUCCGGGAAAUCGUCAUAUUUUCCUCCGUUCUGUCAGUGGUGCUAGUUCUUCACGUCAAGUUUUGGAAAGUACUUCUUGAUAUUGUUCGAUACGAUUCUGCUAGUUACUUCUCACUUUUACAGAACAAUUUUUUGGAACAUAAGAUUUAUUUUACAAGGAACACAGAGUUCAUCUGGAGCAUGAAAAUACAUAUUUACACACACUGUUCCUAAUUAUUGUAUUUUGGAUUGAGUGUGAUAAAACUACAAAGGAGAAAUUCACAUCAUGAAUAGGCUAGAUCAUUUUAUAAUUGAAAUGGUUGAAUAAUUUCAGUGAAUUUAUCAUAAAUCGAAAAUGCUAACUACUAAAUUCUUGUAAUAAUCACAGAACUUUUUGUGUUCGGUAAAUAGUAUUUGUCUUGAAAAUAUCAGGUAUCAAAAUAUCUGCCCAUUAUUCAGGAAUAAUGGAAAUCACAGAUUUUCUGAGGAAAUACAUUGCUAUGAUGCGCUACAAUAACUCUCUACCACUUAUAUUUUUAAUUAUAAUAGACAUUAUUGUACACGUCUAUGUAUUCAAGGCAGUGCUCACUGAGCCAGAUAAUAUAGAUAAAACUCUACCUGCAUGUAUAGAUUUUAUAAAUUCAUUGCUGUUGAUUUACAAUGCGGUCAGACGCAGUUUGAAUCAUCGCGAGUCUAUUAAGCUCAUAGAACUCAUAGAGGAUGAAUUCGCGGUUUGCCACUCACAGUUUGAUAGCAGCAACGCAGAUCUGUGGACAAGAAUUGAAAAGUUCUUUAAAGAAAAGAGAGAAAACAUGACUGUAGUUGCAAGAAACUCGGCCAUGUUUUUCAUUGUAAUGCUUUUUUUCGUUAUCAACCGAAAUAUUUUGAACCAGCUCAUUGGGCUAGAGAGUCACUCGAAUGAAUAUACAAGCUUGCCAACUCCUUAUCUAUCGUACUGUCUACCUGAUUUUAAGUCUCCAGUAUUUUUUGUUUACGCUUAUAGUUUACACAUAUUACUGGUAAUGGCGUUGAAUUGUGAGGGGUUUGUGGCGCAUUGCUCAGUGUAUCUAGCCAUCGAACGUGUGUUGGCUGAUUUUGAAACACUGUACAUGCUAUUGGACGAUAUUGUGCAUGAGUAUGAUGAAGAUGAAUCCUCAACCGAGCAGUUUUCUUUCGCACAACAGCAGAGUAAAAUGACAAAGUUGAGGAAUGAUAUGGCUCGUGUAGUACGGUGUCAUCAAACAAUUAACAGAAAUUUUAGAAUUGUCACGGAGUGCUCAGAAUGGGUGGUAACUUCGAUUAAUACAACGGUUAUACUCUACUGCAUCGUCAUGGCUUAUUUCUUUCUAACGUCAGAUGAUCUAAAAAAGAGAUUGAACUUCGGAUCAUUCUUCAUAGUGAUCAACCUUGCAGCUUUCUUCUUUUUUCACAAUGGGCAACGGAUUUUCAACCAGAAUGAUAUCUUACGUCAAACUCUCGCAAAUAUUCCCUGGACUGACAAGCCGAAGUGGUUUAAUCAGACUCUUCUUACAAUGCUGAUACGCGCCAAUGUCAACACAGAGAUGAAACCUUAUGGCAUCUACACGCUUAACUACCUAUCUUUCAAAGAUUUCAUGAAAAUAACAUUUUCUACUGGAAACGUAAUUUACACCCGUAAACUGGCCACUCAAACAUGAAGCAACUAUGAGGAUGACAAGAAUAAAUAUUGAUAUUAUUCAUCUGAAUCAGCCUACUGCUCAUUGGAUACACAAUGCACUGCGCUUAAUGGAAUUUCAUCGAUGACUAUUUUAUAAAGGCUAUUUGUUCUGAUUCUGAAUGUGAAAAAUUGAAAGUGAUCUUCGAGAAAUGCUUUUAAUACAGUUGAAAGCUUUUUAUAAUACAGUAUUAUUUUAUGAAUGCAUGUCUUUUAUUUCGUAUUCAACAAAUUUAAUGUAUCCUGGUGAACUUGAUUGAUUCAUUUACUGCUUCACUGCAGUAAAGAUUUAAACAUUUACUGCUUAUUUAUAAUGUUACAUCCCUUACAGAUACGAUUAUUGAACAAAACUGUUAUUUAUCGGGAUGGAAUAAUGCAUUGAGGAAAUUGAAUUUCAAUGAAAGAAAAGGGGAUUUCUAUAAAUAUAUACCCAGGAAAA